UGUGUGUGUGUGUGUGUGUGUCGCACACGCUUUCCGCGAGAAGCCUGACGGUGCUUGGCGUCUUAGAAGGUGGUCGUUAAAGGCCCAAGGCAUCGUGGGAAGUUGUCACCAGGCAUUGUCUGGUAUCGGGGUUUAUCCGAGCCCUUGUCCUAUCUUAGCGUUGUGCGGAAAGGUAGCUAUUGUGUUCACUCAUACCAUCUCCGCUCAGUGUUGUCUGGGGUCCGGGCCACAGUAUUUGCCUUUGUGGGAGGCGGGGGAGACGGUUCCACGUAGCCCUGGCUGGCCUUGAACCCACAAUAUUGUGGAGGAUGACCUAGGAUUUCUAAUCUCCCAAGUGCGGAGUUUGCAGGGAUGCACCACCACGCCCAGAUGAUUUUCACCUGUAGUGCUGAGGAUGUUUUUCUUUUUCUUUUUUUACCUCUACCAUCUUGGAAGUAAGUCUGGCUGCGUACAGGAUUUCUGUACUGAGGGAUGGUUCCACCUGACACCCGGAACAUUCUGGAAGGAGCUUUGUGUAAUCAUCCCUCGCUACCUGCCAACACUCUGCGAUAGAAGAGCUUGUGGCUGGAGGUGUGACUGGGAGAGCUGGCCGGGGAGGGACCCUGCCCAGUUGCUGCUCUGCUCCCGUCUCUUGUCCCCCUCCCCUGGCCAUGACAGAGACCCGUGAGCCCGCUGAGACUGGAGGCUACGCCAGCUUGGAGGAAGACGAUGAAGACCUUUCCCCAGGCCCGGAGCAUUCUUCUGACUCUGAAUACACUCUUUCAGAGCCCGACUCUGAGGAGGAGGAGGAGGAAGAGGAAGAAGAGGAGACCACUGAUGACCCUGAAUAUGACCCUGGCUAUAAGGUGAAACAGCGCAUGGGUGGGAGCAGGGGAGGCCCAUCUCGCCGGGCGCCCCGGGCAGCUCAGCCUGCUGGCCCACCUGCACAGCCCUGCCAGCUCUGUGGCCGAUCACCGCUAGCAGAGGCCCCACCCGGUACCCCACCUUGCCGACUCUGCUGUCCUGCAACAGCAAUCCAAGAAGCCCCAGCCCCUGAAGGCAGGGCUCUUGGUGAAGAAGAGGAGGAGCCAUCUCGCACUGGGGAGAGCCGGCCAGCAGGGCGGGAUGGAGAUGAAGAUGAGGAGGAGGGGGGUACCUACCACUGUACGGAGUGUGAGGACUCCUUUGACAACCUCGGGGAACUGCAUGGUCACUUCAUGCUACAUGCCCGGGGUGAGGUUUAGGUAGGGCCACCAGGGAGCUGGUGGAGGGGUGGGUAGGAGCAGGGGCUGAGGAAGCUGCAGUCAGGGCUGGGGGUCCCACCCAUGUGUGUUGUCUUAGCAGUAGACAUGUGAAGGGCAGAAUGAAUAAAAGCCAGAUUCUAUGUGU